UUUAUUUUUCAUUCUCAUUUUUAUUUUUCUCUCAUUAAAAUCAUGGCUCUUCCCAGACGCAUCGUUAAAGAAACUGAACGCCUUUUGGCUGAUCCUGCACCAGAAAUUAGCGCAACCCCUCAUGAUGACAAUCUGCGUUAUUUUGAUGUAAUCAUCGCCGGUCCUACUCAAUCUCCUUUUGAAGGUGGUGUUUUCCGAUUGGAGCUUUAUCUUCCUGAGGAUUACCCAAUGGCACCUCCCAAGGUCCGCUUCUUGACCAAGAUUUACCAUCCUAACAUUGAUAAGCUUGGUAGAAUCUGUCUUGACAUCCUUAAAGACAAAUGGUCUCCUGCUCUCCAGAUUCGUACCGUACUCUUGUCUAUACAGGCACUUUUGUCUGCACCCAACCCUGAUGAUCCUCUUGCCAACGAUGUUGCUCAACACUGGAAGGAAAAUGAAAAGGAUGCUAUUUCAACAGCUCAUGAAUGGACUAGAAUGUAUGCUCAGAAAUAAAGAAACUAUUAUAUAAUAUUAUCUCCUUU